UCUCUCUCUCUCUCUCUCUCUCUCAAUCAUCUCAGAGCUGGAAGGAUCUUUCUGCUGAGAUACAAACAUGAGGCUUUCAGGGCUGCUCAUCGUGUUUUUUAUUAUCUUUGCUGAGCAGGAAAAAUUUGGGAUGUCUCACCAUCCCAAACCAGCCUGUCGGUAUCCUCCUUCUCAGUGGUGCCAUUCUCUGCAGAUAGCCAUUGAAUGUAAGGUCCAGAAGCAGUGCAUGGAGCUCAACGCCAUCAGGCCAGACCAGAGCGCUCCUCGAGUGUCCGUCACUCUUUACUACGAGAGCUUGUGUCCGGAUUGCAGGUAUUUUAUCACCCAGCAGCUGUUUCCCACCUGGGUAAUGCUGCGGGACAUCAUGUCCAUCACGCUGGUGCCCUACGGAAACGCUAAGGAAACUUUAUCAGCAACUUCUCCCUUCACCUGCCAGCAUGGAGCGCCUGAAUGUAGAGCCAACAAGUUUGAGGCCUGUAUCAUCCAUCUAACUGGAACCCAACUUGCCCUUCAAAUCAUCUUCUGCAUGGAGUCCUCUGCAGAUGUCCUCAAUGCGACACAGCCAUGUCUCCAGCUAUACGCUCCCUCUGUGUCCUGGUCCAGCGUUGACUCUUGUGUGAGCGGACGUCAGGGGUACCAGCUGAUGCACGGCCACGCCGCCAUGACCAGAGCUCUGAAUCCUGCCCCCACGCAUGCCCCCUGGGUCACUUUCAACGGGGAAUACACAGAAGAGAAUGAAGAKAGGGCGAUGUCAUCACUCUUUCAUCUGGUCUGUGAGCUCUACAGGGGGGUGAAACCUCCAGCCUGCACUGGAGCUCCAGUCAAACUGAGCAGAAGUGUUUGCUGAACACAAAAUUCACACAAAUGUGUGUUUAUACAGGAGCAAAUGAAAUGUGACACUAAUGUUCAUGCAAAAAUAAAUAAAUUCAUUGUUUGAUUUUUGGAACUCUUUUCCCUUUUGAAACGAUCAAAAAUAAACACAAAAUUGAAUUAAAUUUUCAUAUAAUUUAUUGGCAUUUUUUCAACGUAAAACACCCUGAACUCCAGAGAUUCUUUUGGCUUCAAAUGCAAAAAAAAAAAAAAAAAAAAAAAAAA